GUGCAUUAUUUGCGUUAAUUUAAAAUUUUAUUUACAUUUUUUGCAUAUUUAAUGUUGGGUAAAUUAUUUUGGAUUGGAUAAAUGUGUUAUCUCAUACGUUGAUUAGUUCGUUCUGGAUGAACUAGUAUUUAUUAUUGUGAAGUUUCGUUCAUUUCAUAUGUUAGGCUAGUUUGCGUGAGAAUAUUUGUUUCUGAACAAACAAAAUGCCGAGCAAAAAGAAGAAGUAUAACGCCAGAUUUCCUCCUGCAAGAAUAAAGAAAAUCAUGCAGACUGAUGAGGAAGUUGGGAAAGUUGCAGCAGCAGCACCAGUUAUUAUUUCAAGGGCAUUAGAACUGUUUGUGGAAUCUCUUGUCAAACGAACCAGUGAUAUUACACGGUCCAGGAAUGCUAAGACUCUCACCACCUCACAUUUAAAGGCCUGCAUUAUAGCUGACCCACAACUUCACUUUCUGAAAGAUUUAGUAGCUUCUGUACCUGAUGUUCAAAUAGAAGAAGAAAUGGCUACAAGUGGUGGUAUUGAGCCUCAUCCUUCAGGUCCUUACCCAGCUGGAUAUCCAGGAGGUCGACCAAGAAAUAGGCCUACUGGAGAGGACAGUGCAGGACCAAGUCAAUCAACAGCAGAGGACUCUGAAACAGCUAGUGAUGAAGAGCUCAAAAAUGAUGAUGAAGAUUCUGAAGAUGCAAGUAGUGAAAACACUUUUGAUAACCAGAGGAUGGUACCUAUCCGCAGGAAGUCUGUAAUAACCCAAUCCGAAAGUUAUGGGGUUAACAAUCUAAAUACUGCCCCACGACUAAGUGGUCCUGCGUUGGUACCGACAUGCACGUAUAACACCAACACAAGCACAGAAGAAGAUGAUUAUGACUCCUGAAGAAGAAAUGUGUAAUAAAUGUAUAGUACAUCUUUGUAUGAGUGUUAAAAGUGAAAUAUGUCAAACAAAAUAAUGAGCUGUUCGUUGAAAGAAAGAAAAAAACGACAGCAUCUUGACACCAGGUGUCACACAAAUGAGAAGUUUGUUCUGUUGCUGUCGGUGAUUAAAACUGUUAGGAAACCAAUAGUCUAGGGCAUCCAAAUUGUUGAAUUUUAAUUUUUAUGAAAAGAUCACUUGAUGAUGAGUCAAGACACUUUUUAGUAAUUUUUCAAAAAUAUGUUUAUCUUUUUUUUUCUUGUGUUACUGAUGAAUUAAUUCUGUUUCUUUUUCCAAACACAUCUUAAAUAAAAUAGAAUGACUUGCUUAUUUUUGGGAUUUAUGGAUUUUUAAAGCUCUUUCUAAGAUUAAGAUUAUUAAAUAAAACUCCUCAGGUUUGACAAGUUUUUUUGUUUUUUUUUCAGAUUUAUGUUUAAAAAAU